GUCUGGUUGUUAUGGGAGCCAAGAACACGCUGCCUCCUCUCCCCGCCCACCUAAAAGUCCCGUAGUUUAGUCUCACGAGACUCGCUCCCGGUUGCCAGGAGACGGGUGUUGCUUGUAUCAGGGAGAGAUAAACAGCCAACAUGCCUCCAAAGAAGAAGGGAGGGAAGAAGAAGAAGGCGUCGGCGAAGGGGAAGAAGAGCCCCGGAUUGGUGGAUGGACUGUCCACUGAGGACAUGAGCAAAGAUCAGCUGGAGGAGCACAUAGUGCGCCUACGGGAGGAACUGGACAGAGAACGUGAGGAGAGGAACUACUUCCAGCUAGAGAGAGACAAGAUACACACCUUUUGGGAGAUCACCCGCCGCCAGCUGGAAGACAAGAAAUCAGAACUGCGGAACAAGGACCGCGAGAUGGAGGAGGCGGAGGAGAGGCAUCAGGUGGAGAUCAAGGUAUAUAAACAGAAAGUGAAGCAUCUCCUGUAUGAGCAUCAGAGCAACCUCUCAGAGCUGAAAGCGGAGGGCAGCGUUGCUAUGAAGCUGGCACACCAAGAUCACCACACUCAGGAGAGCCUGCUAAGCAAAGAUAUGCGCGGUCUGCGGGUGGAGAUCAAAGAGCAGGAGCUGGCCAAUGAGAUGGUGUUGAAGAAUCUCAAAAUGAAACAAGAUGAAGAAAGAACACAGCUAAGGAGUGACUUUGAGAGACAAGUAAAAGAAAUUGAAAACAAGUAUGAGAAAAAGAUGCGCGUUCUGCGAGAUGAGCUGGAUCUGCGCAGAAAGACUGAGAUUCAUGAAGUGGAGGAGAGAAAAAACGGACAGAUUAACACACUGAUGAAAAACCAUGAAAAGGCCUUCAGUGACAUCAAAAAUUAUUAUAAUGACAUCACACUGAAUAAUUUGGCUCUGAUCAACUCACUUAAGGAACAAAUGGAGGAAAUGCGGAAGAAGGAGGACCGCCUAGAGAAGGAAUCGGCUGACCUCCAGUUACAGAAUCGCAGGCUGGCUGAACCGCUACAAAAGGCCAGAGAGGAUGUGGCAGAACUUCAGAGACAACUGGCCAACUAUCAGAAGGACAAGACAUCCCUGGCUAGUACAAAAGCACGUCUGAAAUGCACAGAGAAGGAGCUCAAUGAUCUGAAAUGGGAACACGAGGUGUUAGAACAAAGAUCCCAGAAGAUACAAGUGGAACGAGAUGACCUCUACAGGAAGUUCACAGCCGCCAUUCAGGAGGUUCAGCAAAAGAGCGGCUUCAAGAAUUUGCUGCUGGAGCGGAAGUUACAGGCGCUCAGCGACACCCUAGAGAAACAAGAGGCACAGCUCAACGAAGUGCUCGCAGCUUCCAACCUGGACCCCACAGCCCUCAGCGCUGUCACCCGCAAACUAGAGGAUGUAUUAGACUCUAAGAACAACGCCAUAAAGGACUUGCAGUAUGAACUGGCCAGAGUGUCCAAGGCACACAAUGACCUGCUCCGGACAUAUGAGGCCAAGAUGAGGGCAUUUGGCAUCCCUGUGGAUGAGCUGGGAUUUAAACCUAUGGAGUGUCUGGUUCCUGGGCAGACCAUUGGCCAAGGCCCGGCCGGACUGGUAGCCGCCAGCACCUAAAGCUUUUUCUCCAGGAGGAUGGAAAGAGCAUCCAGGCAGCUGACACAGGACCUUUUAUAUUACAUGGCAGUUUUAACAACAAUUCGCCAGCUAUUACCAGCGCAAAUGACCAAGCCGAUCAGUGCAGCCUUCCACCUUCAGUUACAGACUCUCCUUGUUUAACGAUUACUCAGACUUACGACCAGCUCUUACUUUUAUUUUUUGUUGUGUUCUGUACUUGGAGUUGUGUUUAGACCUUUAUUAGAAUACAAUACAGUAGUUAAGAAUGCUUAAACUAUUGAUUUCUUGUGGCUCCUUGUUUAAUGACCAAUUCGUUUAACGACCUGGUCACUGGAAUAGAACCUGGUCGUUAAAUGAGGAGAGCCUGUGCUUUCAAAUAAAUAAUCAGAAUUGCCAGCA